UCUUUCCCUCGAACGCCGGCUACGGGGUCAGCUGGGCGGUGGCCGCAGUGUGUCGCGGCCUCGGACUGGGUGCCGGAGCGAUCGUGUUCCUCCCCUGCCGCCUUCCUUCCCUCCUUUUGGUUCCCGCGAUGCCGAUGUACCAGGUAAAGCCCUACCACGGGGGCGGCGCACCUCUCCGCGUGGAGCUGCCCACCUGCAUGUACCGGCUCCCUAACGUGCACGGCAGGACCGGCGGCGGCGGCGGCCCCGCGCCGGACGUGGGCCACGUGCAGGAGGAGUCUGACCCUUCCCUGCGAGCUCUGGAGUCGCGCCAGGACGAUAUCUUACAGCGUUUGUACGAGCUGAAAGCCGCGGUCGAUGGCCUCUCCAAGCUCAUCCAGACACCGGACGCCGACCUGGACGUGACCAACAUCAUCCAGGCCGACGAGCCCACGGCUCUGACGGCCACCACACUGGACCUGAACUCGGUGCUGGGAAAGGACUACGGGGCGCUGAAAGACAUCGUGAUCAAUGCAAACCCGGCCUCGCCGCCCCUCUCCCUGCUGGUGCUGCACAGGCUGCUCUGUGACCACUACAAGGUCCUGUCCACCGUGCACACGCACUCUUCAGUCAAAAACGUGCCUGAAAACCUUCUCAAGUGCUUUGGAGAACAGACCAGAAAGCAGCCCCGCCAUGAACACCAGCUGGGCUUCACUUUGAUCUGGAAGAAUGUGCCGAAGACUCAGAUGAAGUUCAGCGUCCAGACAAUGUGCCCCAUUGAAGGAGAAGGGAACAUCGCACGCUUCCUGUUCUCCCUGUUUGGCCAGAAGCACGAUGCUGUCAACCUAACCCUCAUAGACAGCUGGGUGGACAUCGCCACUUUCCAGCUCAAAGAGGGAAGCAGUAAGGAGAAGGCGGCUGUGUUCCGGGCCAUGAACUCUGCUCUGGGGAAGAGCCCGUGGCUCGUGGGGAGCGAACUCAGCGUGGCGGACGUGGUGCUGUGGGCCGUGCUCCGGCAGAGCGGAGGCUGCAGCGCGGCGCCGGCCAGCGUGCAGAGAUGGAUGAGCUCCUGUGACAACCUGGCCCCUUUCAGCACGGCCCUCGGGCUCCUCAAGUGAACCUCCGUGGCCCGUUUCAGCGGUGGUUUACCUUCUAGAAGGGUGGUGUUUCACGCCUGUUACCAAUAAAGGGAGCUGAACGAGAA